CCACGUAACCAACCGAAUCUUGAUGGAUCUCCAUCCACUCACUCGCUCGAUUCAAUCUCCUGCGCUCUCGUUCCGUGACAAAUGCUGCACCCUUACCCUCUUCUCCUCGCCUCUGCAGACGGAUUUGAUCUCUCUCUCCAUGCACCUGCUUCUCCUACUUCUCUUCCUAUGCUUCCUCGCCGGAGGCAAUUCUACCACCGGCGACGAAGAGAUCCGCGCUCUCUUGGAGUUGAGGGAAUCUCUGUUCGCUGACAAUAAUGUCACCUUCCGAUCUUGGCGCGCCGGGCAAUCCUCCUGCAGCUUCUACGGAAUCAAAUGCGAUUCCGCCGGCUUCGUAGCCGAGGUUGAUCUCACCAGGGCUGGUGUCUCUGGAGUCGUCUCUUUUGCUUCUCUCUGCCGUCUCCCUCACCUCUCCGUUCUCUCUCUCGGCUCCAACUCCCUCUCCGGCACCAUCUCCCUCGACCUCCGUAACUGCACCCGCCUCGUCCGCCUCGACCUUGCAGGCAACGCCCUCGCUGGGGAAGUCCCUGACUUGGCCGCUCUGUCACAACUCCAAGUCUUGAACCUCUCCCGCAACCACCUCGGCGGCGCCUUACCGUUGGCCUCGCUCGCCAAUUUGACCGCGCUGCGAGCGCUUGGACUCUCGGGAAACGCCUUCGACCCCGGCCCCUUUCCGGAGGUGGUCACCACCUUGCCCAACCUCGAAUGGCUCUCCCUCUAUGCUUCCAAGAUCCUCGGAGCGAUCCCGCCGUCGAUUGGGAACAUGACAGAGCUCGUUGACCUCGAGCUCUUCUCGAAUUACCUCACAGGCGAGAUUCCGUCCGAGAUCACGAGACUCUCAAAGGUGAAGACGCUGGAGCUCUACAACAAUUCGCUUUCCGGGAGGUUCCCGGCCGGGUUUGGGAAUCUCUCCCGGUUGGCCUACUUCGAUGCGUCUAGAAACCAGCUGGAGGGCGAUCUCUCGGAGCUACGAAGAUUGGAUAACCUCGUGUCGCUCCAACUGUACAUGAACGAAUUUUCGGGCGAGGUGCCGCCGGAGUUCGGGGAGUUCCGAUACCUUACUAACUUAUCUCUCUACAUGAACAGACUCUCUGGGCCGCUUCCACAUAAUCUCGGGAGCUGGGCGGCGUUCUACUUCAUCGACGUGUCGACCAAUUUCCUUACCGGCAGGAUCCCGCCAGACAUGUGCAAGGGGAGCACGAUGAUGGCGUUACUGAUGCUAGAGAAUAACUUCACCGGCGAGAUCCCAGCGAGCUACGCCAAUUGCUCUUCUUUGGUCCGGUUCCGGGUGAGCAAUAAUUCACUCUCCGGCGUGGUUCCGGCCGGCCUCUGGAGCCUUCCCAAAUUGAAUAUACUCGACCUUGCAAGCAACACAUUCGAAGGAUCGAUCAGCGCGGAUAUUGGCCACGCCAAGUCUCUGUAUCAGCUGUUUCUCAACAAGAACAAAUUCUCUGGCGAGUUACCGACAGAGAUCGGAGAGGCGACGUCGAUAGUCAACAUGGAUCUGUCGUACAACCAAUUCUCCGGCAUGAUUCCGUUAAACAUUGGCGACCUCAAGAAUCUCCAAAGUAUUAAUUUUGGAUACAACGCCUUCUCUAGCAAAAUCCCAGAUUCAGUCGGAUCGUGUGCUUCAUUGAACUCGAUCAACCUUACCGUGAACAACCUCACUGGGCCAAUCCCGGUGACCCUCGGCGAACUCACGCGACUUAACUCGCUGGAUCUCUCGAACAACCAGCUCUCCGGUGAGAUACCGGCGAGCCUCGCCACGCUAAAGCUAUCUGCUCUCGACCUCUCCAAUAAUCGACUGGCCGGCGCAAUACCUGCGGCGCUCUCCAUCUCCGCUUAUAACGGUAGCUUCAACGAGAACCCAGGACUCUGCGUCGGCGGCCGCGGCACCACCAACAGUCUCAGCUCUGUCAGGCGCUGCUCCACGGUUAAGAUGCGCUACUCGGAGGAAUUCCGCAAUACCGUGACAUCCUUCUUGGCCGUAGUCGCCGUUAUCCUUGUCUGCGUCGGCCUCUACAUCGUGCUAUGGAACUGGAAGCGCCGUGCCGAUGGUAGCGGCAUCGUGAGCACCAUAAAAAAGGACCUUUCUUGGGACCUGAAAUCGUUCCGCGUACUGGCGUUCGACGAGCAAGAGAUCCUCGACGCGAUUAAGCCGGAGAACGUCAUCGGGAAGGGCGGAUCAGGCGAGGUGUACCGAGUAGAGCUGGCGAACGGAGAGGUGGUGGCGGUGAAGCACAUAAUGCACGACCCCUUGAGGGAUACGAAGGAACGGAGCUCGGCAUCGUUGAUCGGGGGUUCUGGGCGCGGGAAGCGGUUCUCAGCGGCGAGGGAGUUCGAAGCAGAGGUGGCGACGUUGAGCACAGUGCGCCACACCAACGUGGUGAAGCUCUACUGCAGCAUAACAAGCGAGGAGUCCAGCCUACUGGUGUACGAGUACUUGCGCAACGGGAGCCUCUGGGACCGGCUCCACAUGGCGGCUCCGUCGCCAUGGAAGACAGUGGAAUUGGGGUGGACGGAGAGGUUGGAAAUCGCCUUGGGGGCGGCGAGGGGGCUGGAGUACCUGCACCACGGCUGGGACCGCCCCAUCCUCCACCGGGACAUCAAGUCCAGCAACAUCCUGCUCGACGACCGCUUCAAGCCGUGCAUCGCCGACUUCGGGCUCUCCAAGGUGCUUCACUCCGGCGGCGACGCAUCAUCCACGCACGUCAUCGCGGGCACGCACGGCUACAUUGCCCCAGAGUAUGCUUACACGUGGAAGGUGAACGAGAAGAGCGACGUGUAUAGCUUCGCGGUGGUGCUGAUGGAGCUGGUGACGGGAAGACGGCCGGUAGAGGAGGAGUUCGAGGAGAGCAAGGACAUUGUGAAGUGGGUGUCGAAGAGGGUCGGCAGCAAGGCAGGGGUGAUGAGUCUGGUGGACGGACGGAUCCCGGAGUGGGCCAAAUCGGAGGCCGUGAAGGUGCUGAGGGUAGCGGUGAUGUGCACGGCGGCAAUCCCGGCGAUGCGUCCGUCGAUGAGGACGGUGGUGCAGAUGCUAGAGGAGGCCGGCAAAAGCCGAGCUUUAGAGGCAGGGAAUUGUCGCCGGAAGGAAGCUAGUCAGAAACUGAAGAUGUAAACGGGAGUUACAUGGAGCGAAUAAGACAUUUCCUCUGUUCUGAAUCUUAUUAUGCCACUAAGUCCAAAUAUAAUUAAUCCUAAAUAUAUAUAGUUAAUCUUCUGGAUAA